AUCUAGAUCCCUCAGAACUGGAUCCCUCGGGGCUGGCCCUGCCUUGCCCCGUCCUGCCCCACCCCUGCCCUGUGAGGCCACCUGUCAGUGGGGUUCAUAUACUGUCUGUCAUCAGCCAAUGGGCUGGGGCACCAAGAGCGGGUCACAUAGCCUAUUUCCUGUUUUCAAACGGGGAACUUAAAAGUAGCAGCUCGCUGGAGCCUGGAACCGAGGGGGGCUGAAGGCGGCCAUGUGACACUCCCCCCGGACCCCUGGACCCACACAGGACCAGAGAGGCUUCAGAUGAGGAGACUGAGGCCUAGAGAGGAAGGGGAAGAUGACCAAGACUCUGUGCAUGCACCAAUGAAUGAAUACCUUUCUCCUUUUCAUUCCCCUCAUGGUGACUCCCAGACAACCCUAUAAGAGAAAACACAAGGGAAGUGGCUUUGACUGCUGAAUUUGAUUUUUAUUCAAAGCCCUGGGUUCGUGCUCAGCUUUUCCAGGUCUUGACUGGUGCGUUCAGCCAAGGCCAUGAUUCCUGGGGUCUCACAGGGUCUCUGGGAAAACUGUGCCCUUCUUCUGACCUGGCACCAGCUGCCUAAACAGGACAGCAGAGCUGGAAGGGCUGGGACAACUGAGGCUCACCAUCACCCAUUCUACAGAUGAGCCAACUGAGGAGUUAGGAGUGCCCACAGGAAGCAUUGGGUUUCCAAGAACCUAAGCCACCCAGAGUCCAUUAGCCUUGGAGCAUGGCCAGUCCCGAGCACCCCGGGAGCCCUGGAUGGACAGGACCCACAGCCAAGUGCACAGCAGGGACCAGGCAGGAAGCAUCAGCCACUGGCCGAGACCUCCCGUGUCCAGGACCCGAAGGGCACUUAGACCCAGCCAUGUCCCCAGACCCUUGUCCCCAAAGCACCCCGACCUGGUGCAAGGGCUGACGGGUGCCGUCCCUCCAGACGCUCCGGGCAGCCCCAGCCCCAACUCCAGCAUGACCACCGGGGAACUGCAGGAGUACUGGCGGAAGGAGAAACGCUGUUGGAGGCGCGUGAAGCUGCUUUUCGAGGUCGCGUCCGCCCGCAUCGAGGAGAGAAAAGUCUCCAAGUUUGUGAUGUACCAAAUCGUCGUCAUCCAGACAGGGAGUUUUGACAGCAACAAAGCCGUGCUGGAACGGCGCUAUUCAGACUUUGAGAUGCUCCAGAAAAACCUCCUCAAGACGUUCAGGGAAGAGAUCGAAGACAUCGCCUUCCCCAAGAAGCAUCUGGUAGGCAACUUCACCGAGGAGAUGAUCUCCGAGCGCAAGCUGGCCUUCAAGGAGUACCUGACCUUGCUCUACGCCAUCCGCUGCGUGCGGCGCUCCCGCGAGUUCAUCGACUUCCUCACGCGGCCCGAGCUCCGGGAGGCGUUCGGCUGCCUGCGCGGGGGACAGUACGGCCGGGCCCUGGACAUCCUGGUGCGCGUGGUGCCCCUGCAGGAGAAGCUGACAGCCCACUGCCCGGUGAUGGUGGUGCCGGCGCUCUGCGCCAUGCUCGUGUGCCACCGGGACCUGGAGCGCCCCGCCGAGGCCUUCGCGGCCGGGGAGAGGGCGCUGCAGUGCCUGCAGGCCCGGGAGGGCCACCGCUACUACGCCCCCCUGCUGGACGCCAUGAUCCGCCUCGCCUACGCGCUGGGCAAGGACUUCGUGUCGCUGCAGGAGAAGCUGCAGGAGAGCCAGCUCCGUCAGCCCAGCCCCUGGGGCUUCACGCUGAAGGAGCUCACGGUCCGGGAGUAUCUGUACUGAGUCCCUCAGGCGGGUAGGCUGGAGACUGGGGAUCGUGGCCAUGGCGGGGUGGUGGGGAGGGGACACGGACUGUUGGGGGGGGAGUGUUUCGUGGGAGGAGCCACUUGAGGCUUGAACGUGCUGGGUGACACUUUGGACAAGCCCCUCCUCUGGUCCUCCAUGUCUGCAUCUGUGUGGACCCCAGGUGUGCUC